UCCGGAUUCUUAGCGCGGACUCAGAGCGCUGCUUUUCUCUACGUGCUUUGCACAUGCGCGACUGCUUUUCCCUUCUUCCUCCGCUUCCACUGGCGUCCACGGUUCGAGGAGCCGCCGGCAGCGCGGCGGAGAAGUCGGGAAGUUCAAGAUGGCCGCCGCGGAGCCCCCGUCGCUGCGGGAGCAGGCGGAAAUGGAUGAUGGUGAUAAUUCUGAAAAGAGUGUAAAUGAAGAAAAUGGAGAAGUAUCAGAAGACCAGUCUCAAAAUAAACACAGUCGUCACAAAAAAAAGAAGCAUAAACACAGAAGUAAACAUAAGAAACAUAAACAUUCCUCAGAAGAAGAUAGGGAUAAAAAACAUAAACAUAAGCAUAAGCAUAAGAAACGUAAAAAAGGAGCUGUAGAUGCCUCUGACAAAGAAGGCCUCUCCCCUGCAAAAAGAACUAAACUUGAUGACUUAGCUUUGCUGGAAGACUUGGAAAAACAGAGAGCCUUGAUUAAAGCUGAGCUUGACAAUGAGUUAAUGGAGGGAAAGGUCCAGUCUGGAAUGGGGCUCAUUUUGCAAGGCUAUGAAUCUGGCUCCGAAGAAGAAGGAGAGAUUCAUGAAAAGGCAAGAAAUGGAAAUAGGUCCAGUACCAGGUCUUCCAGUACACGGGGGAAACUUGAAAUUACGGACAACAAAAAUAGUGCAAAAAAACGAAGUAAAAGCAGAUCCAAAGAAAGGACUAGACACAGGUCGGACAAAAGGAAAAGCAAGGGAGCUGUUGACAUGGUGAGAGAGAAAGCAAAUAGGAGCAAGUCCAAGGAGAGGAGAAAAUCCAUAAGUCCGUCCAAAAGAAGCAAAUCUCAAGACCAAGCAAGAAAAUCAAAGUCCCCUACCCUUAGACGGCGGUCCCAAGAAAAGAUUGGGAAGGCCAGAUCUCCUACUGAUGAGAAGAUUAAGAUUGAAGAUAAAGGUAAAAUAAAAGAUAGGAAGAAAUCACCAAUUGUAAAUGAAAGAAGUCGAGAUCGAUCUAAAAAAUCCAGGUCUCCAGUUGACCUAAGAGAUAAAUCCAAAGACAGAAGGUCAAGGUCCAAAGAGCGAAAGUCAAAGCGGUCUGAAAUUGACAAAGAAAAGAAGCCAAUUAAGUCUCCUUCAAAAGAUGCCUCUUCAGGGAAGGAAAAUAGGUCACCCAGUAGAAGACCUGGCCGGAGUCCCAAAAGAAGAAGUUUAUCUCCAAAACAGCGAGACAAGUCAAGAAGAAGUAGGUCCCCACUUCUCAAUGACAGACGGUCUAAGCAGAGUAAAUCGCCUUCUCGAACUCUGUCUCCAGGGAGAAGGGCCAAGAGCCGAUCCUUAGAAAGAAAGCGAAGAGAGCCAGAGAGGAGACGACUUUCUUCUCCAAGAACACGGCCUCGAGAUGAUAUUCUCAGUAGAUGUGAACGAUCAAAAGAUGCUAGCCCCAUCAAUAGGUGGUCUCCAACCCGAAGAAGAAGUAGGUCUCCCAUUAGGAGGAGAUCCCGUUCCCCGUUGAGACGUAGCAGGUCUCCAAGACGAAGAAGCAGGUCCCCUCGGAGAAGAGAUAGGGGUCGAAGGAGCAGGUCUCGCUUGAGAAGAAGAUCUAGGUCACGUGGUGGUCAUAGGAGAAGGAGCAGAAGCAAAGUAAAGGAAGAUAAAUUUAAAGGAAGUCUUUCUGAAGGAAUGAAAGUUGAGCAAGAAUCUUCAUCUGAUGAUAACCUUGAAGAUUUUGAUGUAGAGGAAGAAGAUGAAGAGGCGCUAAUAGAACAGAGGAGGAUACAGAGGCAGGCGAUUGUACAGAAAUAUAAAUACCUUGCUGAAGAUAGCAAUAUCUCUGUGCCAUCUGAGCCGAGCAGCCCCCAGAGCAGCACGAGGUCACGAUCGCCUUCUCCAGAUGACAUCUUGGAGCGGGUAGCUGCUGAUGUAAAAGAAUAUGAGCGAGAGAAUGUUGACACCUUUGAGGCCUCAGUAAAAGCCAAGCAUAAUCUAAUGACGGUUGAACAAAAUAAUGGUUCGUCUCAGAAGAAGCUUUUGGCACCUGAUAUGUUUACAGAAUCUGAUGAUAUGUUUGCUGCUUAUUUUGAUGAGGUUUGCAGUCACCCAGCACUCACGCUGCCUCCCUCAUUGCAGAGUGCUCGCCUCCGUGCUGCUGGUAUCGGGAAAGACUUCAAAGAGAACCCCAACCUUCGAGAUAACUGGACAGACGCAGAAGGCUAUUACCGUGUGAACAUUGGGGAAGUCCUAGAUAAGCGUUAUAAUGUGUAUGGCUACACUGGGCAGGGUGUAUUUAGCAAUGUUGUACGUGCCAGGGAUAAUGCAAGAGCCAAUCAGGAAGUGGCGGUAAAGAUCAUCAGAAACAAUGAACUCAUGCAAAAGACUGGUUUAAAAGAACUAGAAUUCUUGAAAAAACUUAAUGAUGCUGAUCCUGAUGACAAAUUUCAUUGCCUGCGCCUCUUCAGACACUUUUACCAUAAGCAGCACCUCUGUCUUGUAUUCGAGCCUCUCAGUAUGAACUUGCGAGAGGUAUUAAAAAAGUAUGGUAAGGAUGUCGGUCUCCAUAUUAAAGCUGUGAGAUCCUACAGUCAGCAAUUGUUCCUGGCAUUGAAACUCCUUAAAAGAUGCAACAUCCUGCAUGCAGAUAUCAAGCCAGACAAUAUUCUGGUCAAUGAAUCAAAAACAAUUUUAAAGCUUUGCGAUUUUGGAUCGGCUUCGCAUGUUGCAGAUAAUGACAUAACGCCUUAUCUUGUCAGUAGAUUUUAUCGUGCUCCGGAGAUCAUUAUAGGUAAAAGCUAUGACUAUGGUAUCGAUAUGUGGUCUGUAGGUUGCACCUUAUAUGAACUCUAUACUGGAAAAAUCUUAUUUCCUGGCAAAACUAAUAACCAUAUGUUGAAGCUCGCCAUGGACCUCAAAGGAAAGAUGCCAAAUAAGAUGAUUCGGAAAGGUGUAUUCAAAGACCAACAUUUUGACCAAAAUCUGAACUUCAUGUACAUAGAGGUUGAUAAAGUAACAGAGAGGGAGAAAGUUACUGUCAUGAGCACCAUUAACCCAACUAAGGACCUGUUGGCUGACUUGAUUGGGUGCCAGCGACUUCCUGAAGAUCAACGUAAAAAAGUGCACCAGCUAAAGGACUUGUUGGACCAGAUCCUAAUGUUGGACCCGGCUAAGCGAAUUAGCAUCAACCAGGCCCUGCAGCAUGCAUUCAUCCAGGAAAAAAUUUAAACGAGAUGAAGAAACUCCAAGGGUUUGAGUAACUAAAUACAAAGACUGAAGAAAUUUCACAGCAGUUUAUUAUUAAUGUAUAUAAACUUAUAAAUAUUUCUGCAGCAAAUUUGAGGAAGCAUGAUAUAUUUGAAUUAACACCAAGGGUGAUAUUUCUUUUAGAAAUGUUAGUUAAACUGUUUUGUGUCUUAUGUGAAAUUUCACUGUAGAAAUGUUUUAAUUGCCAAGACUGCACAGAAUUAAAGUGCUAAUGUAUAUGGUUGCAGUUCACAUAAAAGACAAAAGCAUCUGUUAUGAGUAGCAGUGCUGGGUGGUUGAUUUGUUUUUAGCAGACUUGGCUUCAUUUUGGUCUUCAGAUACAAUGGCCAGCAUAAAUGCUGUUUAUAUUCACGUUUUCCUAGGUGUGUGUGUGCAGGCCACAGCAGCAUGCCCUUGGUGUAGUCAGUGCCGAAGGGAGUCUGUUCCUUCUUGAGCCUGCCUGCAGGGAUGUCUCCUCUUUUAAAGCAGGUUGUGUACAACAUUCAGUACACUGAAGGUAAGCUAAACCAUCAACAUCACCAGUGUUUUAAGAUGUUAUUUUAUUGGAAUAAUUGAAAAUGAGGGAUAGCUGUGUGGCAGAAUUUCCUGCAUGUGUGAUAAUUGAUCUUGUUUUAUUUUUCUGGCAUCGCGACUGUGGCGUAGUUACAGUUUCUGUUCUGUUCAUCACAUUUAAAAUUUGAAGCGUAUGCGCUUGAUGGAUAGAGCGCCUUCAGUGUACUGUUUCUUAUUAACUUUAAUUUUUUUUAAAUCAACUUGCUAUAGACUUUAUAUACAUUUUGUUAAAUACAGUUCUUAGUGACAUAGAAACUGCAUAGUUCUCAUUUACUAAUUAAAAUGCUGAGGCCUACUUCUGAAAGUCCUCAUAUUUAAAAGAUAGACAGCAUAAUGAGAUUUUUAACUAUUUGUAUGUCAUUUUGAAAGUGUACUGCUUUAUGGUAAAAGUGUUUUUCAUUUGUUCAUUGUUUGCAUUAUUUGUGAUCAUGUUGUCUUUCAAUACAGGCAUAAACCUCCCACUCUUGAACAAAGCAGCUGCUUUUUAAAAGCGGUAAUUGCUUCUUUACCUUUUAUUUCUUUUGUAAAUGAAGCUUUUUCUUUAAAAAUGUGACUUUAAAGUGUUGUCUAUUGCAUAAACAGUUGACACUCACUUACUGUAAAGUGAACAUUGUUCUCCUGCAUGGGAAGUGGACCAUGCAGAAUUCUGUAUGUUCUCAGUAUGCAUCACUAGAUAAUAAAGUCUUUUGUGAACAAGGCAUUUGUAGCCAUUUUUAAAAGAUUUUGUCUUCAGUGCUGGUAAGUCAGGUAAACUGUAAAUAGUUAAAAACAGUCUUUGUUUUUCUCCUGAAAGUAUUACCUGCUAAAGAUAUAACUCAGCCUAGCCUGAGUUUUAAAUAUUUUUAAUUAUUAGGGUCUUAAUUAUUUUCCCCCAGAUAAAAAGUUUUGUCAGCUUUCAGUGUAGUGAGGUUAUUCCUGUAGGUUAUGGGGUAUAACUCAGGAUUUAACUAAUGUUUCUGCUAUUUUCUCACUUUUCCUUUUGAUGGUGCGGAAAGAGAAAAAGGAAAACGGGGCACAGGCCAUUCGACGCCUUCUCCAAGGGGUCUGAUUUGCUGAGACACCAGCUUCACCUUCUUAACAAGGUUAUUUCUGACAGCAUGUGUAGAUAAACAUUUAGCAACAAUUUAAAACAAAAUCAUGUAAAUCAGCUUGGUUUUGCAACACAAAGGAAUUUGUAUUUUUAAUAUGGUAUAAGAAUUUUCAAAAUCCUGUGUAAUCUUUUCUGUUUGGGAGUGGGUAAACUUACUGCUUGUCUCCCUGAGGAUUAUGAGAACAAUAAAAUUUUGGGGUUUAAAUAAUAUUUUUACAUUGUAAAUGGGAUUUUUUUAUUCACCCAGGCACCUAAUUACAACAAGCAUGCACAUUUUGGUGCAUUCAAGAAUGGAAUAUCAGAGUAGCAGCAUUCUCCUGGUGGGUUAUGCUCCAUUUAAAGACAUGAAAUGAACUACACAGCCAGGAAGGUGAUAGAUGAGAUAAUAAACCACCUAUGAACCUACACCCCGUCUCUUCAUGGUUAGACUUACUAAAAUAAGUACAAGGUGAUUUUCAUCUACGGGUAGAGUGAGGCCUUUAAACAAGGCGUCACAGGUGCAGCGCCCACCUUAAUGAUCUGAGUAGCGAGUUUCCCACCAUGACUGACUUUAUUUUGGUGCUGGUAUGCUGCAUAGUCAAGUCUUUUGUAGUUGUUUUCACUCAGUAGUUAAUGCUUUGGCUUCUGGUGGUUUUCAUGGCUUCAUUUUAUAGUUAAUAAGUUAAUUUCCACUAGAAACCGUUCAUCUUAUGCCUUCAAAGCUGUUGCCUACUCUUAAAAAAAAAAAAACAACAACAAAAAAAAAAAAAAAAAACAAAGUUGCUUGUUACUUGUUCUUUGUGUUUUAGGUGCGGCUCAGUGGAAGAUGACGGCAGCCAGAAGACAUGAGCCAAGGCUUCUGUCCCAUAAAAGACCUUUUCAGUUCUCAUUUUUAGUUUCAGCAUUAUAAUUUGGGUGUCAUUGCUGUGGUAGUUAGAGUGGUGGUGCUGUUGUGCUUGUCUGUAAAGUGUUUGUUUUUAUCACAUUUGCUGCAGCUACACCCUUCUAAAGUGAAAAUCAGCUUAGUCGUAGAAAAAGCCCACACUUGUGGUCAUCAGAGUCACUGAGAAAGCAACAGCUGCCACGUCAGUGUACAUUUGAAAGUAAUCUGUAAGUUUGGUUUAUUGACCACACCGGGCAAAUGGAGGCAGUAAGAGUUUGAGAUCAAGGCCUUCUUAGCCUAUAUGAACCCCCUCCUUUUGUUUUUGUUUUCUUUUUAAAAAUAAUUCUUUAGCUUUAAACAGGCACCUAAAUUGUAUGAGUAGGAAAAUUUCAAUAAACUGUUUGACUCUCUUAAUAGCUCUUCUUUCUCUUAGUCCUUCAUGACCAGCUUCUUAGUGCCAGAGACAAGGGAGAGGUGUGAACCAUGGUACUGCACUAUUGCUUUUCCCAAAGGGACUCUGUAAACUGUGUUAGUAUGCUCCAUUCUGGGUGGUGGGUGACUUCUCUGAGGAAGAAGUCUGGAGGUGUGUGAGACCUCUGUUAGGUUGGGGUCAUUUGGCUAAUGACCCUGUUUAUCAAACCUGUGUUUGUGUUUCUGAGUGGCUGACCGUUUCCACAUAAAAUUGUCAUGAGCUUUAGACUUUCAUACCUUAUGGGAAAAUGACAAGUGAUUAUCAGACUUGAGGUUAAGAAAACUAUUUUGUCUUUUAGAAAAAUUUUAAAGCCAACUUUUGUUCUU